GGCAUCCGAACCCUGCUUCUUAUCAGCUUUGUAAGUGUGGUGCGCAGCCGUUUUUAGAAUAAGAAAAUUUUCUGACCAACUUUUGAUGUUUGUGGUUAUUGGCAUCGUGGCCCAGAAAAUAGUGACGGCUGCAUCAAAAUAUUGCAUUUAAAAGUGUUUUAUUGAAAUUCGCAUAGCUUAACGGAAGUAACUUUCAAUACUACGUUGCUUUUCCCCGGUACAGCGCAUUUAACUAGUCGAAUUAUUCCGAUUUCGCUUGGAUUAUUUUUAUUGGGAGUUUUUACAAAAUGGUCGCUUCAACGAAUGCAAGUCAAGAUGGUGUAGUCAAUACUCCCGCGGGUGCCGUCGCUAAUGGAGUAAUAAGCAAUGGCAUAAUCAAUGCAGCUAACGCCAGCAAGACUUUGGCCAAGGGCAUAACUUUGGUGGGCAUCGAUAUUGACACAACGGGACGUCGCCUCAUCGAUGAAAUCGUACAAUUGGCCGCCUAUACACCAAAAGAUCAUUUUGAACAGUAUAUCAUGCCAUACAUGAAUUUGAAUCCUGCUGCUCGUCAACGCCACCAAGUGCGAGUGAUCUCUAUUGGAUUCUAUCGUAUGUUGAAAUCAAUGCAAACCUAUAAGAUUAUCAAGUCCAAGUCGGAAAUCGCUGCCUUGAAAGAUUUUCUUGAUUGGCUGGAAGCGCUUAAAGCCAAAGAUGCAGCAUCGCUAGGUGUAAUUCUAGUCUAUCAUGAGGAACGCAAAUUCAUUCCAUAUAUGAUUUUGGAAUCGCUUAAAAAGUACAACCUGCUGGACAGGUUCCUUAACACAGUCAAAUCUUUUGCCAAUGGUCUAACUUUGGCCAAAGCCAAUAACAAUGAAUCAUUGCAACAUUACACGUUGCGUAAACUCUCCAAAGUGUUGAGUAGCAAGGCGCAUGAAGUUAACAAUAACGCAUCUGAGGGAGAAGCAAAUAACAAUGUCAGCUCAACAACUGGCAACACUGAGGGCCAGAUCCCUCAAAAACCAUUGAACAAAGGUGUACCGGCACACGAGCGUGAGUUGUUCGACGGCAGUGCUAGUGUACGUGCCAAGUUAGCAUACGAAGUAGCAUUGCAGUUAAGUAACGAGGAACACAAGUUGCCGCUAGACUCAUCCGCUGCAUUGGAGAAUCUGCUUGCCGCUGUACAAACGUAUGCACAACCCAUCGAAUGCGAUUUGAAUGAAUUGCAGAGUCAAAACGAGAACUUGGAGCGCCAAAACUCGUUCCGUCCUGUGUUUUUGAACUACUUCAAAACAACUCUCUAUCAUCGGGUGCGUGCUGUUAAAUUCCGCAUCAUUUUAGCUGAGCAAGGCUAUGAUCUGCAAACCCUUAAUGCAAUUUGGAGCGAGAAACAAAAGAAUGGCUUGAUCGAAGUUCUGCACGUAAUUGAAGAGCUGAAACCUGAAGAUAAGACGGAGCUGGCCGAUUUAUUUGACAGUUACUUCGAUCCAGCAAAGACGACUAUUAAGCCGAUUGUCAAAAACAACAAUCGUCGCCGAAAUAGGCGCGGAGUACGCAACGUAAAGAACGAGGGUAGCAACAGCGCUCGUCCUGGUAGCGAGCAAGGAGCUGGUGGCGACAAACAGGCUGCGGCUGGACAGCUGCCCGAUUCUACCACCAAAUCGCCAUCUCCGCCAACCGGUGGCAAGCCCCAGCGCGGCAAGCGUAAUCCACGAUCGCGCAAUAACUCAUUAAGAACACAGCCACAGCAUAGCGCCGUCGAGACUACGAAAGUAACGGCAACAGCAACAGCAGCAAAUUAAGCA